CAACAAUGGCGCCCUUCUCGAAGAAAUUCUUAAUAUUUUAACUAAAAAAGAUACUCAACAACCAAUAACAUGACUGACAUAUUUAAAAACGUCAGUUUAUUUUAAAAACUGAGACACAGCCAGACACCUGGAAUUUAACAAUUAUCGAAUAUAUAAAAGUUGACUUGGUAUAAUUGUUGCAUCACUGGACGGCGAUAGGAUAAUGUUUGCGUAGUUUUAAUUUAAAAUUAUCUGACAGAAAAUGGAUCCAGAUGAAGAUGAACACAUUCACCCUGGACAAGAAGAUGUCCAACUCUCCAACAUUAAAAGUUGUAAACCAACAACGAAAGGAAAUAAACUGGUUGAUCAAGCACGUAAAAUGGUGAAACAUGAUAGUGUUUGUUCUAAUUUCUGUGGUGGCAAAAAAUGUAAAUAUUGUACUGUGUACACUUGGAGUUCUGAAGACCAGGCAAUUAAGGGUCUGUACUCUCAUUGGAUUACAGAUAAUAUAUUAGCAAUGGCUCGACCUACCAAUGAGGGUAUCGAGAAAUAUCAGAUACUAGACCAGUUUCUAAAAAAAGGAAUCAAGACAGUUAUAAAUUUACAGCAACCUGGAGAACAUGCAUACUGUGGUCCAGGAAAUGAUAAAACUGGUUUCUCUUACAAUUCACAACAACUUAUGGAGAAAGGAAUGUUUUUCUACAAUUUUGGAUGGGAUGAUUUUGGUGUAGGAUCCGUAACUAUGUUAUUAGAUAUUGUAAAAGUCAUGCAGUUUUCGCUGUCAGAAGGAAAAGUUGCUGUACACUGUCAUGCAGGAUUAGGCCGUACAGGAUUAUUGAUAGCGUGUUAUUUAGUGUUUAAUAAUCGUCUGUCACCAGAGAGUGCUGUACAUUAUAUCAGAUCAAAACGACCUGGUUCUAUACAAACUGUUCAUCAAGUACAAAUGGUGACAGAUUUUGAAAUGUAUAUUCAACCUUUUAGAGCUAUCUUUGCAAACAACAGCGAAUCUGAAUUUUCUCUACAGCAGCAUCUAAAUAGGCAGAUAAAAAUAAUUCACGGAUUUGAGGCUCGAAAAUUGAAAUACAUACCCAAGAUUGUUUAUAUUUGUUGUGAAAGAUUAUUGGAGCUGGCUAAUUGUGGUAAUUCUUUAAACAGAAGUCAGAGUUUUACAUCCCUACAGUCACGAAGGUCUCUGUCUGCAAGUGCCGCUGGUAGUCAAGAUAUUUCACGCAGUAUGGAAACUUUACGUGUUGAAAAUCCACAGAUUAAGACAUUUGUAUGCCCGGUUAAAAAAAAAAAAUCUGUGACACUGAGUCAUGGCAAUAGUUUAUCAGAUAGUAUAUCUGAGAAGACCUCUUCAAUCAGUUCCGACAGUCAGAGUGUAGAAUCUCUUGAUAGUUAUGAUCAAUUGGACUUGAUUGGCGGAUCGGAUGGUACAAAUUGUACACCGGAGUGUAACCAGGUUGGAGAUGCUCUCAUGAUGUGUGAAUUUCCUGAAGACAUUUUACAAAAAGUACAAGAAUAUAAGGAUAAGUUAAAUUCGACUGAUGAGGCAUGGAAGAUGUUAGGGAGAGAAACAGAUCCGUGUGUUAUUGUAGCCGUUUUAUGGGAGUGGUUAAAUCAUCUACGUGAACCUAUAUUACACAAACAAGAUUUAAAACAUAUAAAGGAUGAUGCUGAUAAACCACUACAAGCUUUAUUAAAAAUGGAUAAAGGGACAAAAAGUGUAAUAGAGUAUUUGGCCAAGGUGGUGGUCCGGUUAGAUUCUCUCCCAAGAAGUAAAUUAGAUAAUAUCACCGAGAUAAUUUUGUCACAUAUCACACAUCAAGCAGUUCAUGUUAAAACUCCUUCUAUGCAGAAUAAAAUCCUACAGCAAAAAGAACAUUGGCAAGCUAUGAAGGGAAAAACCGCAAUGAGAAUAUUUUAUUUUUUUCAAAAGUUAAUGGAAAGUCUGCAAGAAUCUGGAGCAAUAACAAGAAGAUAAUGUUUUUUAUUUAAGAUUUCAUUAUUAUUAAUUCACUGUAUCUAGUUUUAUUCCGUCCAAGUUUUAAAGACAUAUUUAUUUAAAUUUUCUAGUACAUUGCAUGGCUUAUAUUUUAAAUAUCUGUCACUUUUAUUGUUAAAAUUAAGGGCAUAGUUUUUAAGAUGUAGGGUAUUAAGGAUGUAAAUUAUUUAUUGUUAUUAAGUCCUAAAGAUGCUAUUGACUGUGCUUUUUCCCACGUAGCAUGGGCAGAAUAUGUGCCAUACCCAUACUCAUUUAUUAAGAGGUAUAUUUAUUCUGGUAUAUUUGUUUGUUUAAUCACAGAAUCUUAUUUCAUUCCGUCCCAUGUUUUAAAAUGAUACAUUGAUAUUUAUACAUCUAGACUACCUAAUUCUGAUUUUCUGAAUCAAAAUAAAAAAUAAUUAUUUUUUUAUUAUUGUGUUGUCACCAGUGUAUGUCAAUCGGUCCUCGGGGUAAGGUUAUUGGCAGAUUUUUUUUCAAAAUUUAUCUGUUUUAUAUCCUUGAUUCUGAUAAUUUUGGAAUGCAUGCAUUCUGUAAUUUUCAUGUUUCAGUAGCAUGGCUGGUAAGUUUGAAGAAGAGAAUUAUGAUGACAUGAUUCAGCAGUAACAAAUAGAGCAGUAGUACUGCUGGUAAUCCCAUGUCCGGCCUUAGGAUGAUUGAACCUAUUUGAGCCAAUGGGACACAUUGAAUGGGUCCACACAGAUCCACAGAGAUGCCACACUAUGGUUGCAUGAGUUUGCAUGACAAAACAAGAUUUGGUUUGGUACAAUUUAUAUCAAAAUAUAAAACUUGUAAGUAAAGCUUGAUAUUUUGAAUAAUUUGACUGAUUGUAAGUAAAGCUUGAUAUUUUUAAUAAUGUGACUGAUUGUAAGUAAAGCUUGAUAAAGAUAGAUGUUGUGAAUAAUUUGACUGGUUUUAAGUAAAGCUUGAUAUUUUGAAUAAUUUAACUGGUUGUAAGUAAAGCUAGAUAUUUUGAAUAAUUUGUCUGGAGGAAAAAUGAGUAAUUAUUGGUAUGAACUGGAACCUAAACCAUAUAGACUUAAAUCAAUGGAAAUUUACUGUGAAGGUUCCAUUUUCCACUGGAAACUGUAUCGAUCAAAUCCAAAUUGUUUUAACCCUGAUAAAAGUAAAAAAUAUUAGAACAUAAAUUCGUUAAAUUAAUUAGAAUAUAAAUUCGUAAAACUUU